CGAUUGCAGUUCAUUUAACCACCACAGCUGCACAAACGGAAUUCAUUUGUAAACGCGUAGGAUAUUUAAGGUCGUUAGAACUAGGAGUAAAUUAAUUAAGAAAAGGUAUAAAUGCGUAUGAUUGUUCUCUGCAGUUAGCGAAAAGUGAUUCUCAUUUAAUACAUAAGGACAAAAAUAUAUUGAAUAUUCAACACAUAAGAAAAAAAAAAUGGGUUGUGCUUCGAGUUCAGAAGAUGAACAACAACAAAAUAUCCAUCCGAAAUAUCGUACGUGUACGGACACGUUUUGGUUGACCAUCUACAUCAUAUUUUGGUUAUUUUUGAUAGUCAUCGCGAUAUUCUCCUUUGUUUACGGUAAUCCAUUGCGUGUCAUUAACGGCUAUGAUUCGUUUGGUAACACAUGUGGAGUUAAAAAGAAUGAGCACUAUACAAAUUUUCCAUUAUCCGGAAUGAAUACCAUCGAUAAGCCACAAUUAUUUUAUUUUGAUGUUCGAAAGCUAAAAGAAUCAAUAAAAAUAUGUGUAAAAGAAUGCCCAUCAAAAACAUUAACCAAUCGGCAGGAAUUGUAUAAGUACUUUCAGGAUUAUCAAACUAAGUUUUGUCGUUAUGAUUUUGAUAUGAGCCUAAUAUCUAAUGAAGCAACUGGAAAUUUAAAUCAAUUUUUCAAUCACUUGGGACCAUGUCCGCAAUUUCCGGUGUACGAAAGUGAACCGGUUUUACAUCGUUGCAUGCCCAAAAGCAAUAAAGCUCCUGUUAAGGACAUGUAUAAAAUGUUAAACUCAUGGGAUGCUGCUCAGCAGUUUUUAUGCGAUAUUCAUUCCACUUGGCAUUUUAUAGCUAUAAUAUGUGGUCUAUCAUUUCUAAUUUCUAUUGCUCUAGUUAUAUUAAUGCAUUGGCUUUCACGAAUUGUAUCGUGGUUGAUAUGCAUAUUCGUUAUAGUUGCCAGUCUCGGUCUGACCGUGGCUUUAUGGUAUGCCUAUUAUAGCAUACGGAACAAAACAAAGACAAAUGCGCAAUUUUCCUAUUUGGAAGAAUUUGUUCGAAACGAACAGGCAGUGUUUGUAUUAGCCAUAUUGGCUACUAUAACAAUGAUUAUUUUGUUAGUUAUUAUAUACUAUCUAAAAAAUAAAUUAUCGGGGCUAUCAGCAUUAUUCGAAGAGGCCGGCCAAUGUAUGAUGAAUUUGCCGGGUUUGCUUAUAGCCCCGCUGUUGGCAUUUGUAGUGUUAGCUUUAUUUUUAGCAUUUUGGGUUUUGGUGGUGAUGUGUAUAGCAACAGCUAGCGCACCCGGUCAAAGUCCUAUUGCACCGUUUGACAAUACGGCUGCUCAGGCCACCAGUACCAGUGUAACCAUAAAAAAUAAUACUGAUUCCGAUUAUAAAAAUGAUUUUUUAGCAAUUUUACGUGUAGAAUAUACUGAAGCGAAAGCGCUUAAGAGCAUGUUUUGGAUUUACGUUGUGGGGCUAAUUUGGACCACAGAAUUCAUAUUUGCGUGUCAACAAUUUGCUCUCGCUGCCGCCGUAGCAUUUUGGUAUUUUGACAAACCAACCACCUCACCAACUAUUUAUGCGAUCGGCAAGUUAAUUAAAUACCAUUUGGGUACUGCAGCGAAAGGUUCAUUUGUUAUAACCAUAUUCAAAAUACCACGUCUUAUCUUAACAUAUUUAUAUGCCAAGUUGAAAAAAGGGGAAGAUAAAGGUUCUCAAUGUGCUUUUUGUUGCUUAAAAUGCUGCAUAUGUGGUUUUUGGCUUUUGGAGAAAUUUAUACGCUUCCUUAAUCAUAACGCUUACACGGUAGUGGCUAUUGAAUCGAUUAACUUCUGUCCCGCCGCUGGUAUUGCUUGGAAUGCUAUGGCUACAAACGCCUUACAAGUAGCUACCAUUAACAGUGUUGGCGACUUUAUAUUAUUCCUGGGCAAAGCUAUGGUAGCAGCCUUAUCCGGGCUAAUAGGCAUUUUCGUAUUAAAGGACAAGCCGGGUUUGAACUUUUAUAUGGCACCGGUUAUACUCAUAAUUAUAUUUUCCUUCUUUGUGGCGCACAUUGUCCUUUCACUAUUUGAGAUGGUUGUGGACACAUUGUUUUUAUGUGUUUGUGAAGACAAAACUAUUAAUGGCAGAGCAGGACGCUGGGCAAAAAGUAAUUUAGCCAGGUUAGUAGGUGAAGAGCCUUUGCAAGCGGGCGAGGAGCCGCCAAUACAGGUUGUUGAAAUGAUGCCUAUUAAUAAGCAGCCGUUCAGUAUGACACAUAGACCCACUGUUGUGCCCGAUGGUAUCAUUGAACCCAACGAAUAAACGAAUAAUGGACACAAAACAUACUC